AUUCUCCAUAACUUGUUACUAUGUUGCAGCAGGUGGUCAUUGUGUGCAGUGGACAAGUCAUGUGAAUGGAAAUAUUACGUUUAUAUAUUUUUUUAUGACAACGCGUGAUUAAAUAUUUUAGAACGUGUUUUGACGGCUUAUUUUCUUACUUGAAAGGUGUGUGAUUAUAAAUCCAGGUAGUUUUCCCCCGAAUACUUUUUUAUUCUAACAAGAGUGAAACUCAGAAUAGUUGCUGUGUCUUGAGAAACGUGGCUUUUAUGAACAGCUUUUAUUGCAUUUUUGCGGCGAACCAUGGCUUUUGCUAAAUUCAGCAAAAUACUUCGCCUGUCUAAUUUUGACAUAAAAAAGAAGGCAAAACAAUAUGAACACGUUCAUCGAGACAUCAAUCCUAAUGACCAAUGGGAAAUUAUCGGAGAGUUGGGUGACGGGGCUUUUGGAAAAGUUUACAAGGCCAAGAAUAAGGAGACUGGAGCGCUGGCUGCAGCCAAAGUCAUUGAGACGAAGACUGAGGAGGAGCUGGAGGAUUACAUGGUGGAGAUAGAUAUCCUGGCCAAGUGUGACCACCGCUACAUCGUCAAGCUGUUGGACGCCUUCUACCAUGAUGCCAAGCUCUGGAUCAUGAUCGAGUUCUGCCCUGGAGGAGCCGUAGACGCUACUAUGUUAGAGCUGGACCGGGGCCUGAUGGAACCUCAGAUCCAGGUGAUCUGCAGACAGACGCUGGAGGCCCUGGUCUACCUCCACAGCAUCAAGAUCAUCCACAGAGACUUGAAGGCCGGGAACAUCCUCCUCACCCUGGAUGGAGACAUCAAGCUAGCGGAUUUUGGGGUGUCAGCGAAAAAUACCAAAACCCUACAAAGAAGGGACUCUUUCAUAGGGACACCAUACUGGAUGGCUCCGGAGGUGGUGAUGUGUGAGACCAUGAAGGACGCUCCGUAUGACUACAAGGCUGACAUCUGGUCCCUUGGUAUCACCCUGAUCGAGCUGGCCCAGAUCGAGCCCCCGCACCACGAACUCAACCCCAUGAGGGUCCUGCUGAAGAUAGCCAAGUCUGAGCCCCCUACCCUGGAGCAGCCCAACAAGUGGUCGCAGGAGUUUAAGGAUUUCCUGAAAAAGUCGUUGGAUAAGAAUCCGGAGAGUCGGCCAAACGCAGCCCAGCUCCUGGAGCACCCCUUUGUCUGCUCGGUGAAGACCAACAGACCCUUGCGAGAGCUGGUUGCUGAGGCGAAGGCUGAAGUCAUGGAGGAAAUCGAGGACAAUCGAGAGGAAGGAGAGGAGGAGGACACCGCUGAGCUCUCAGUCCCAGUGCCUCCAGGCAAGGACCCGUCUCAAACCAGUCAGACCAGUCUACAAGGGGACAGUGCCCCAGACACACUCACCAAAAACCCCGUGGGGGCUGAGGCCAAACACCCCGUGAGACCUUCCUGCACGAGGGAUGGCCAGCCGAUCGACCGACAGCUCCCUGAUGAGGGCAUCAGCAUUGUGGACUCUGACAAGCCCGAGAGCGAGGCCUCUGGCAAGGUGUUCUCCAGCUCCGACUCAGGCAUUGAGGAUGGGAAGAGCACCUCGGAUGAGGGCAAGCCUGUGGACACCCCUCUGACAGAGAACCCGGCCCUGCUGGCACAGCCCGAGAUGGUACCAAAAAUACCCCAAAGCCAGUUGGCGGUGAAGGGAGGAAGCUCCAGCAUGGCCAGUGGGGUGGUUCCCGUGAUUGGGGAAAAAGGGCCCCCCACCCCUACCCCAGACCCCACACCUUUGAUCGGGCUGAACGGCAGCACGAAGAGAGGGCCUUCGAAAAGGGAGAGGGUCCCCAUAGGGGCUAACAUGGACAACCCGAUGGCCCACCACAACGCCAAUGGCAUGAUCCCCAAGAGGUACUCUGACGCGGGCAGCGUGUCUGCUUCUGAGAGCAUGGACAUCAGCCUCAACCUGUCAGGAGACAUGUCAGUCAACAAGGAUGAUGGAUCCCUCUGCCCCAGGGUGGACUCUCGUUUCUCCAGUAAGACGUUGAAGCGCACCAGGAAGUUUGUCAUUGACGGCUUGGAGGUCAGCGUGACCACAUCCAAGAUCAUCGGCGAUGAUGAGAAGAAAGAUGAAGAGAUGAGGUUUCUCAGGCGUCAGGAGCUCCGGGAUCUGCGGCUGCUGCAGAAGGAGGAGCACCGUGCCCAAGCGUUACUGAACACAAAGCUGGACGCUCAGAAGGAGCAGAUGCAGCGACGCUUCGACCAGGAGAUGAACGCGAAGAAGAAGUUCUAUGACACAGAGCUGGAGAGCCUGGAGAAGCACCAGAAGCAGACCAUCGAGAAGAUGGAGACGGACCACGCCAUUAAGCUCAGGGACGAGACCAAACGCAUCCGCUCCGAACAGGACCGCGACUACAACAAGUUCCUGGAUCAGAUGAAGCGCAACAAAAAAGAGGUGAAGAAUGAGAUUGAGAAGCUCCCCAGAAAGUCACGGAAAGACAGCAUGAAACAGAGCAUGAACACCUUUACACAGAUGAAACAAACGGAGGAGCAGAACUUCCUGUCGGCCCAGAAGAACCACCUGGACACGACGCUGAAGAGGAUAAUUUCGGAGAACAAGAGGGAGAUCUCCGAGACAGAGAGGCAGUGUCUCAACAAGAAGCAGAACCUUGUCAGAGACAGGGAAGCUACUAUCUGGGACCUAGAUGAGAAGAACCUUCAUGAGAAGCACCAGUUACUGAAACAGCAGCUAAAAGACCAGUACUUCCUCCAACGGCACCAGCUGCUCAAGAAGCAUGAGAAGGAACAAGAGCAGAUGCAGUGCUACAACCAGAGGAUGAUUGAGCUGCUGAAGGCCCGACAGCAGCAGGAGAAGGGUCGCCUGCCCAAGAUCCAGCGCAGCGAGGGCAAGACCCGCAUGGUCAUGUUCAAGAAGAGCCUCCGCAUCAACUCCACGGGCAGCACGUCGGAGGACCGCGAGAAGAUCAAACAGUUUGCCCAGCAGGAGGACAAGCGUCAGAAGGCUGAGCGGCUGCACCAGCAACAGAAGCAUGAGCACCAGAUGAGGGACAUGGUGGGCCAGUGUGAGGGCAACGUCAGGGAGCUCCAGCAGCUACAGAAUGAGAAGUGCCACCUACUCAUUGAGAACGAGACUCAGAGGCUCAAGUCUCUGGAUGAGCAGCACAACCACCAUCUCAAGGAGUGGAGGGAGCAGCUCAAGCCUAGGAAGAAGGCUCUGGAAGAGGAGCUGACCCAGAGGAAGAGGGAACAGGAGGUGUUCUUUAAGAUGAGUGAGAACUCUGAGUGCCUGAGCCCCAGCUCCCCAAACAAACUCACCAAGUUCCUACCUUACUCUGAAUCCUCUACCACGUAGACUGGCAUCUCACCCCCCCUCCCCCUCAAACACCCUUAUCCCACACCAUGCCCAGAAGGACCACUGUCAGCUUCCUCAUUCCUCCUGAACUUUUAUUUCAUUUUUAAGGAAUAGUUACGUUUUAAGUCCUGUUUAUAAGAUUUUAUCAUUUUAUUAACCCAAGAUGGCAAAGAUUGGCCAUAUUUUCUUUGAGGAUUGUCUUUAACUCCACAUGUGCAUCAGGCUGCUUGAUAGUUAGGGUGUUCUUCAUCCAUGCAGUGUUUCCUUUUUCAUUCUUAUUAAUAUUGCCUACAGCACCAAAUUGACUCAGAUCCCCAUUGGUUUGUCUACCCAAUAAGCAUGAGACUAAACUAAUAGUUAGAAGGGUGUGGUGGGGAGAUGCAGCCCAUAUCCCAAAGAGGGUCAGUUGAGGAGCAGUAGUUUAGGUGCAAUGUGGAACACAAGAAAAAAAUGUACUUCAGACAAUGCUGUGUUGGUGGGAGCCAAUGAAAACGCACUUUUGUUUCACUGCAAUAUCGGUCUCCUUCCAAAGAGUUUCUCGCUUAAUGAACACACCCAAGUAUGGCGCACAUAAACUCAGCAAAAAAAUAAACUUCAACUGCGUUUAUUUUCAGAAAAUGUCACAUGUAAAUAUUUGUAUGAACAUAAGCUUAAACAACUGAGACAUAAACUUGAACAAGUUCCACAGACAG